AUGCAUCUAAGAAUGUUUGAGUUGGCUCGAGAUGCCCUUAACAAGACUGGCAGGUACAAUGUCAUUGCUGGCAUUAUGUCCCCAGUGUCAGAUCAUUACCCUAAAAAGGGUCUUCUUUGUGCAAAGCAUCGGUGUGAAAUGGUUCGGUUAGGAUUAAAAUCCUCUGAUUGGGUCAGGUUAGACACAUGGGAAAGUGAACAAAAGACUUGGACAGAAACUGUCUGCGUUCUUGAUCAUCAUUACAGCCAACUGCGUACGACCGACAGCAAUGCAAAUGUCUCUCUAAAGAAUGUAUUCGAAUCGGAGGAAAAAACAAACUUUGAUGAAGUUGAUUCUAACCACCUUUCCUUACCAAACUUUUGUGAUAUAAGCUCCAAUGUUCAUUUGAAAUUAUUGUGUGGUGCUGAUCUUUUGGAAUCUUUUUCAAAACCUGGACUUUGGAAAGAAGCUGAUAUUGAGAAAAUUGUUGGAAAAUAUGGUAUUGUGUGCAUAACCCGAGAUGACUCUGAUCCCCGAAAGUUCAUCUAUGAGUCUGAUCUCCUUAGCAAAUAUCAGGAAAACAUCACAAUUGUUACUGAAUGGAUAAGAAAUGACGUCAGCUCCACUAAGAUCAGACGAGCACUUCGUAGAGGAGAAAGUGUUAAAUAUCUCCUGCAAGAUUCUGUGAUAAAUUACAUUAAAAAACACCAACUCUAUGACAUCAUGCCUGACAACCAGUACAUCACUCAGUCAUCAGCAUCUUUUAGCAGUGAUGUUUCUAAGAACACUGAAGAAGUGAAAGUUGUGUUUGUGCCGUCAUCAAAGUAUUUGAACACUGCAGAAUCGCCGCCACAGUCUCCAAAGCGCCAGAGGGAGAUUGAUGACGAUGAGUUUGUGAUGCAUUCACCAAAACUUAAAUGCACAUCUAUCUAUCUAUCUAUCUAUCUAUCUAUCUAUCUAUCUAUCUAUCUAUCUAUCUAUAUGUGUAUGCAUAUUGCUUAA